UUCAGCUAACUUGAAUUAUAUUAUAAUUUGUCUUUAUUAUUAUCAUUAUGGGAGUUAAAUAUGAGUGAGUUGAAAGAGUGAGAAGUUUAAAAUUGAAAUAAAGUUGAACAUGAUAAUCCUAUAAACAUCUUAAUGGUCAGUUGAGUUUAUGUUUCGAGUGUAGCAAGUUUGUACAUUUUGUUUGGUUAGUGAACAGUAAAUAGCAAUAAAGUGAAUUAUGAACACAAAUUUUGAUCAUUGUUUUUACCAGACUGGACCUCAUCAUCAACCAGGACAUGAUCAACAUGCAAUGACUUAUAAAUUUUCUGGAAUAUCAUUGACUCCAAGUGCAUACAAAAAUCAGCACAAUAGUUCAGGUUUAGUGUCUUCUUCACUUGCAUCUUCACUUCCAUUAUCUUCAUCAUCGGCAUUGAACUCAUCUUCAUUAAGUGAUCGACAACAAGCGCAAUCCCAGGCUCAAGUUCAUCAUCAGCAACAAGCCCAAGCUCAGCAACAACAACAACAACAGCAACAAUCCCAGUCCCAACACAACAACAAUACUAAUCAUCACCAUCAUCAUCAUAGUAAUAAUUAUGGGAUUGAAAGUUCAACAGGUUCUAGUGUCCCAAUGAAUGUCCCAGGUUCAGGAGAUCCGUCAAGAUUCGAUGCGGCUGCCUAUUCAAGAUCAGUUUACGUUUGUGCAGCUUACUGUCAAUCGUCACCUUCAAUUAUCAGCGCUGCACCGAGCUUCUAUCCCUGGAUGCAAUCAAUAAACGCACACAAUUCAUCGGGAAUUGGAAGUCGAGAUGGUUCAGUUAUGAAUUCAUCUUCAUAUGUUCACCACCUUAAUGAAGGUCGAGAGUGCGUCAAUUGUGGAGCCAUUCAAACUCCUCUUUGGCGUCGAGACGGAACUGGACAUUACUUAUGUAAUGCUUGUGGUUUAUACCAUAAAAUGAAUGGAACGAAGCGACCUUUAAUAAAGCCUCAACGACGAUUGGUGGCAUCAAGGCGGAUGGGUCUUUGCUGUUCAAAUUGUAAUACAACGACAACAACCUUAUGGAGACGGAACAAUGAAGGUGAUCCAGUUUGUAAUGCAUGCGGACUUUAUUUUAAACUUCAUAAUGUAAAUAGACCAUUAGCCAUGAGGAAAGAAGGUAUUCAAACACGAAAACGGAAACCAAAGUUACCUUCAUCAACUCCAUUUGAUUCAUCUAAAUCAAAUGAAACCGAAGCAUCAUCAAGUUUUUAUCAACACGUUCAACAAUCUCUACAAAAUCAAGAACAAGUCCAAACAUCUCGUCAACCUUCAUCAGGAUGGUCAAGAGACACUGAUAAUCGGUCUCAUGUAUAGGAAAUUAUCUAACUUAUUAUUUAAAUUUAAUUUAAAAUUUGACGACGAAAUUUUUUGCUGCUUCUUGGCUUUAUCCGUUUAUGCGUGUUUCCAUCAGUUAACCAAUACUGUUUAAUGAUUGAACAACAGUUGGACAUUAAUUACAAUCUGCUCAUCUUUACCUCAACGCCACUCUAUUUGAUCAUCAGCUAUUCCUCUUUGCAUUUACCUUUAAUUGGACCCUUAAUUUUGUGUGAAACUUUGAUAAUUAGGUUCACCUUUGAUUGUUAAUAUCAAUAACAAAUUGAACAAAUUGAGCAAUGAUCAAAUCUAUACUUUUCCGAGUGUCCAGUUUUAAUUUUGCGCAAUGGUUUAAUCAUUUUACUCUAUGGUUUUCAACACAAAUAAUAUAACAAUAUUAUUAUUUUAAUUAUUAUCAAUUUACUAUUAGAUAAAAUUGAUCUUGUGUGUUUUUACAUUAAGUGUUGUUUUAAUUUGAAUUAUUUUCCCUUAAUAUCUUGGUUCUACAUUCCAGUUUGUAUUGCAAUUACCAAUUAACUAAUUAAUAAUAAUUUUAUUAUUUUCAAUUGAUAACUUGAUUCUCUCGACCACUUUGAAAAUCAAAAAGAUCUCAAUCAAUCUUUUUGAUUAAAACCUAAUGUUAACGUUAAAAUUGAUGUAAAUAUUUUUCAGCAAUCCUACAAUAAACAUAUUCACUCGUAAAUAAUUGUUAAUUACAUAAUGGAUUUGGAUUCUCUCAUGCAAAGUUACUAAUUGUUGACAGAUGAAACUUAGCGAUCGUCUUAAUAAAUUGACCAAGAGACCAAGUGACCUUUUACUUUUGUCCAUUCCUAUCAUGAAUGCGUCUUUAAAAUUGAUGACCUUUUCAUCUUCUCCUCUGCCUUCAAAAAGUCAUUAACUCAUCAAGUAUACAUUCACAAUAGAUAAAUCUUUAGAUACUCUUUUUGUCCACCUUAAAGGUUGCCUCUUUUUUGGCUAUCGUAAUUGUUAUAAUCCACAGUUGAUCUUAGAUGAUUUUUGCUUCUCGGAAGACACAUAUUAAACAUGGAACAGU